UUCACCGCUUGAAUUAUCUGCCCUUCCUAUCUGACACGCGGUGUCUUAGAUUAACUCGAAGCACAUGUUUCAGUUAAUUUGAUGAAAUGAUCGUUUUAAAAAAAGCAUAACAUUUCUCUAAUAUAUUAAAUCAGUAUAUUGAAAUAUAUCUCUUGAACUAAUCCACAGACAAGAAUCUUUUGAAUUUGUCAUCAACAUCUCCGAGAGUUCAUCAAUUAAAAAUGCCAGAAAAUUUGAAAAUAAAAAAGAAAGCUACCAAAAUGGAUAAAAGUCUUGUGAAGGAGGAAUCUGAUGAAAUUGUCUCUGAUGUACAAGCAUUUAUAAAAGAUCUCGGCCUCAAUACAUCAGUUCCAUCUAGUAUGAAAAGUAAUGUAUCUGCACAACCACUGCCUGAGGAUUUUAACUGGGGUGACAUGAUGCCAAAGAAAAAAGGAACCGUGCCGCCUUCUGCAUCCCAAACUGAAAAAGUGUCAGCUGAUACAUCAAAGGAUGCUGCAGACAGUAAAGGACCAAGUAAAAAAAAAUCAAAGAACAAAUAUAGACCUCAAACAGAUGAGGGUGUUGUGGGAUUAAAUAAAGUUUCUUCUGAGAAAGUCCAAGAUGAUGAGAUUUCGAGUACCACAAAAUCAGUUAAAAAAAAGAAAACUGGCGAGAAAAGUGGUAAGAAAGAAUUUAUAAAAUUAGUUGUUGAAGCAGGGACCGUUUGGUAUGAUUACCUAGAAAAGAAAAACAUGGACAACAAGAGUAGAGACAACACCAAUAAGACCAAGCGUACCAGUGCGAAACCUUUGGAGUCGGAAGCUGCAGAAAUUUUCCAGAAGGAUGUAGAAAAUUAUAAGAACCUGAGAGCUAAACGGGAACCUUCUGAAAGCAGUUGGUUUGAAAAGGUUAUUGCAUCUGGAACUUUGAGCGACAAAGAAGCAGCUUUCCAGCUUUAUGUGACUCAAUCACCUGUCCACAAUCUCGAUUCUUUGGAUAAUCUUAUUGCUAUGACACAGAAGAAAAGUCGCCAUGUUAACAUUAAAGCUGCACUUGUUUUGAAAGAUCUUUUUAUCAAAUAUAUUUUGCCACCGGACAAAACUCUAAUGUCAUUUCAUGAACACAAAACUGAUGAAUUAAGUAAUUCUAAUCGAAAGAAGCAACUUGCCUUGUGGUACUUUGAAAACGAAUUGAAGAAACGUUUUGGUGUUUUCGCUGAGUCAUUAGUUAGAAUGCUACAAGACAAUGUCGAUGCUUGCAAAGAAAAAGUAUUGGCUAUUAUUAGUGAAAUUCUUGUUUACACUUCUGAACAAGAGACUAUUUUACUGUCAUCUCUUGUAAAUAAAAUUGGCGACCCUAGUUACAAAGUAGCAUCAAAAACAAUAUACGUCUUGUCUAAAUUUUUGAAACUUUGUCCAUUGAAAAAAUUAAAGGUUAUCGAUGAGGUAGAAAUGCUUCUGUGCCGUUCUGGCAUGAAAGAGAGGGGCCUCUAUUACGCCUUUUGCUUCCUCUCUAAUCUUCGGUUAAAAGAAGGCGAAAGCAAAAUAGCUGAGAAACUUGUCAAUGUUUACUUGAAAUUCUUCCAGAAAUACAUUCAAAAAGGGGAAAUGGACAAUCGAAUGCUUAGUGCUAUUCUUUGUGGUAUCAAUUUUGCUUUUAAAAUUAUACAUGAAAAUCGAGAGUUCAUUGCAGAACAUACUGAAAUACUGUACAAAACUGUACAUCUUGUGAACUUUAAUACUAGCUUACAGGUAAUGAUGUUGCUGUAUCAAAUAAUGGAAUCAGAAAGUUUAUCUGAUCGAUUUUAUAUGGUUCUUUAUCGUAAAAUGUGUGACCCUGCCUUGAAGAGUUCAAACCGACACAUGCACUUCUUAAAUCUUGUCUUCAGAGCCAUUAAGAAUGACCACUCGGAAGCCAGAAUAAAAGCUUUUAUUAAAAGACUUCUUCAGAUAUGUCUUUAUCAGUAUCCUCCUUUCAUCUGCGGUUCUCUCUGUCUCUUAUCUGAAGUCUUUCGUGAGAAGCCUAAAUUGCUGAACCUGGACCAAAACGCUGAAAACUUGAUGGAUAGCGAGGAUGAGGAAUGCUAUAAAGAUGUUGAGUUAGACAGUGAUACAGAGUCUCCACAACAAGCAGCAUCAGAUUCAGAGUUGACGAAUAAGGAUGAUAACGAAGAAGAUUCCAAGUCAUCUGGACAGGUUUCUUCUUGGGUACAUCGUAAAAAUUUAAAAUAUGUUCCCACCAACAUAUAUUAUAUGCCACAUCACCGUAACCCUCUUUAUUGUCAAGCAGAGACAACACUAUUUUGGGAAUUAUACUUACUGUCAUUUCAUUUUCACCCAACUGUCUCUCUUUAUGCUUCGACAUUACUAAACAAUAAGUUUAUUGACCAUGAAGGUAAUCCUUUGCAAGAUUACACCUUGAUACGUUUCCUUGACAGAUUUGUAUUCAAAAAUCCAAAACAAAUUAAAGAGAAGUCUUCUGAGCCUAAAAAGAAUCGGUAUAUACCAACAGGUAUUAAACUAAUUCCUGCAAAUGAUAGAAAAUAUCUUGAAAAAGCGAAUAAAAUUCCUGUUGAGGAGAAAUAUCUCUAUCAGUAUUUCUUGCACAAAAAGGCUGUUACUACUGACAAGGGGAUUUUCAGUGAGGACGAAGAAGUUAGUGAUGAUGAAUUUGACCAAAUUCUUGACCAAUAUGAAAGAAAUGCAGAUGAUAAGGAAUUAACAGCAUUUGAUUUUUAUGGGGAACUUGGAAAACAAAGUGCGAAGAAGAGAAGCUUGGAAGCAGAUUUUAGUAGCAGUGAGGGCUCUGAUGAGGAGUCAGAUGAUGAAGUUGACUUAGGAGAAGAUUUUAUGGCAGAAUAUAAAGACUUUGGUGGGGAGAGUGAUAAUGAAAAUAGUAACUGUGAGUUUGAUGAAGAAAAUAUCAAAUUUUCUGAUGAUAGUGAUGGAGAGGAUGAUUAUGAGAAAUUUUGUAAACCCAAAAUUAAAAAACUGAAAAGGCUUAAAAAGGAAUCUGAACAGAAUCCUCAUGAUACGUCUAAGUUUUUCGUGGCUGCCGAGGAAUUUUCUCAUAUGCUAGAAGAUAACAUUGUGAGUAACAUUGGAAGCCAGGCAGUUGUGAACAAAGACAAAUCAAGUGCCAAACAGAUGAAAUGGGAAAUGGCCAGGGAACAGUGGAUGAAAAAAUCUGAUUGGAAACAGAAACGACAGCCAAAAUGGAAAAAGAAAAGUGGUAAUAAAAGUAAAUUUGUUACGAAACCUAAACAGAAAGGAGUAGGGAAAAAACAGAAAAGGAAAAAUUGGAAGUAAUUAAAACUGUUUUCAAUAAAUAUUUUUAAUAAUA